AUGUACAAGUGCUGUAAGCAGUUAUACGAAAAAGAAGACGAAAAAAUGGAGAAGAAAUUUAAAACAGCCUUCUACAUUUCAGCAUUAGAACGGCCAUUAGAUGACUAUGAAAGUCUCUGUGCGCUUCAAAAGUUAAAUGGGGUGGAGCUGGGUGAAACUUACUUAACACGAUCUGCAUGUACUGAAUUCAUUGAGCACAUAAGCUCUGUUAUGAAGGAGGAUCUCGCAGACAAAUUGAAGGAAUGUAACUUUUUCUCCCUAAUGAUUGAUGGAAGUACAGAUCAUGGUGUCAUUGAGGAAGCCAUUAUGUAUGUGCGCUACUUGGAAAAGUCAGUUGGAAGACCGGUCACUGCAUAUCUUGGAAUCGAAGAACCUAAGGCUGGAACUGGAAGAGGUUAUUUAGAUGCGGUUGAUUCCUGUUUCCAAAGAGUAACCAACAUGAAUUCAGUCACCUGGAAGGAGAAAAUUACAGGCCUGGGAACUGAUGGCUGUGCGGCAAUGACAGGUGAGAAGAACGGAGUGGUUGGUUUAUUGAGGCAAGAAAAUAGAGAAUUUAUGGGAUUCUGGUGCGGAGCACACAAGCUUGAAUUGGCAGUUGUCAAGUGCCUAGAAAAAUACCCAGAUUUUGUGAAAGUACGUGAUGUCCUUCGCAGUUUAUACCAGGAAUAUCACUACAGCGCCAAGGCCCUCAGGGAAUUAAGAGAGUUAGCUGAAGCACUAGAUAACCAGAUCUCUAAGCCUACUAAUGUGUUUGGA